CAGCCUCAAAAGCACUCCAAGUUGCAAUUCUAGGUACGAGUCUGCCGUAUCAGCCGGGAGAUCCAAUACACUUUAGUGGGGACGGUCGAGUAGUGGGAGAAAUCCCUCCAUCCGGGAUUGUAUUAAUUGUUUGUGAUCCGUUGAAGUAGUGUGCUCCGUAUAAAUAAUACGGGAAAUCGGAGAAGCGGCAUCGGUGCAUCUUUGUCGCGCGUCAUCGUUUGUACGUUGUGUGGUGUUUGAGAGAAAGUCAAAGAGAAGAGGGACAUCAACGCGACGAUGUUGAACCAGGCGGUAGUCGAGGCUUUGUAUUCUGCGACAUACAUCGAAAACUACCUGGAUUGUGUGGAAAAUCUGCCGAACGACCUGCAGAGACAUGUCUCCCGUCUACGGGAGCUAGACGCCACAUGUCAAACAUAUCUGCGUGAGGUGGACCAACAGCAAGAAAUAUUGUGCAGCGACUCAGAUAUAGCAAUUAAAAGAAGGGCAUUGGUGAGAAUACAACAAGCUCUGAUUGCAGCACAAGAAAUUGGCGAUGAGAAAUUAGACAUCAUUCAGCAAGUACAAGAUCUCAUAGAGAACAAAGCCAAACAGUUGGAGUUGGAUUAUCAGAAUUUAGAUUUUGGCAAAGAACAAGAGUGUUCCGAGUCUGCCCGCGAAUCGAAUAUUAGCAGCAACACAAAUAGCGCUGGUCAUGCAAACAACACAGAACGUCAGCCGAAGCGCGCUAGAAGAACGAGGACUGAAACUUUAGGAGAAUCAACACAUUCCAUGGACAUGUUGGUUAUGGCGGAGACGAGAUCCUCGACAUUGCCUAGCACAAGCAACGGAAGUCAAAAGAAGACGACUACAGCUGCCACCGGUAAAAAGAAAAAGAGGAAAUCUCGACAGGGCAAUCAGCAGAAUCAGCAUCGUGAAGAUACGCCUCCGCCGCCAGAGGAUGAUCUCGCUAUUGAUCCGGAUGAACCUACUUAUUGUUUAUGCGAUCAAAUAUCUUAUGGCGAAAUGAUCCUCUGUGAUAAUGACCUUUGUCCUAUAGAGUGGUUUCAUUUUUCUUGCGUCUCCUUGACCACUAAGCCUAAAGGAAAAUGGUUCUGUCCUAAAUGCCGUGGCGACCGACCCAACGUCAUGAAACCGAAAGCACAAUUCCUCAAGGAGCUGGAACGAUACAAUAAGGAGAAAGAGGAGAAGUCGUAGCAGGAGGAAAAUGCAGAAAGACUUAGAAGUUUUGGCAAAGUUAAUUGGACUUAAUUGGGAGAGAUUUCCGUGGAGUAUAAAAAUUUUAAUCUAGAAACGUGGAAUUAGAUUAAAAUCUCGUAUUCUCUCUACUGAAAUAUCUUGACUUAUUGAUAUAUAUAUAUAUACAUAUACACACACAACAUAUAUUCAUAUAUGUAUAUGUACAUGUUUCUGUAAAAUCAAUUCUUGCAUAUAACAAAGUUCACCGAUUACAAAAGAAUGGUGUCGAUUAUUCAAGCAAUAUUAUCGCUCUCUUAAUUUUAAAAAUAUAUUCAAAUGUCUCAUUUCCAAGUCAUAGAUAAUAAUUGAUUGUAUAUGUGUGUGUGUGUAUGUAUAUAUACACAUACAUAUAUGUAUAUAUAUACAUUUUAAUGUGUACAUAUAACAUAAUGUCAUUAAUAUUAGACACAAAACAGACUUUGUGCGUGAACGCACUUGUCGACAUUGAUCGAUAUUAGUAGGUUUAAUGUUUUCAUUACAUGAAAAUAUUAAAUAAAGUAAGUCAUAUAUAUAAGAUAUAAUGUGUAAAUGUAAUAAAAAGUGAAAAUAAGAGAGUAUGUAAAUAAUCAUAAAAGGUGCAUCAUUGAGAAACAAAUUAAAUAUAUAACGUUCAGAUAUAUUAUGUUAAGAAAUUGACAAUUGAAACAUAGACAAUUCUUUGGGUGCGCAGAAUUGGUAGAAGUGAAGAGUUUGUAGACAUACGUAAUUUUUUUUUGCAAAAUUUAUUAAUUCGGUACUAUAUCGAAUAUGACAUUCAUUUACAGUUUAACUUAAGCAUGAUUCUCUAUCGAUAAACGUCGAAUCCAAAACGAGUUACACUGUUUUCUUAUAUUUUACAUUGUUACAUCUGGUGAAAGGAGACUUUCCAUAAGCGAUUUACAAACUUUCAUAUUCUUUAACAUGAAUCAUCCACUUUCUUCAAGCUCGUCUAUAUUUAUAAAACAAUACGGCUUGCGUGCGGGAUUAAUAUAUGGUAAAACAUUGCGUUUGUACGAAUUUCAUCUUUUUUCCUUGUUUACGUGUUUCGCCAGAAGAGCGCCUAAAGUCUAGUUAUAAGAGCAGGAUAAUACAUACUGGUACUUAUAAAUGAUGAUCACAUAAGUUCACAGUGCGACUCCACGCGUCAUUUCCAGUUUUCUACAUUUUCAUUUUUUCUUUCGUCUGUAACAAAAUGAAAAUCGUGUAAACAUCAUGUCCGUAUGGAUAUAAAUUAGAAUGUGAAAUAUUCGACGCGAAGAACGUCGCCUCCUAUAACUUUGACAGUAUACACGACUCGAUUGAGAGAUCAUUGUUAUACGAUACGAGAAAAAUUUCUAUAUCAGAAUCGACGAUAGAUCUCUUAUGCAGAAUCCACUUUCAAAAAUUUGAAAUACAAUUUCAUCAAUUAACAAAAAAUUAAAAACAAUUAUAGUUUUUAUUAUAAGUUAACCAAAGUGAGAGAUUGGAAAUGACUGAGAUGAAUAAUUGAAAAUAAAUUAUAUAGAUGGAAAAGAUACAUUAUCGAACAAACAAAAGUGAUCUCAGAUUUAUUAUAUUUUGAAAUAAGUGACUUUUAUAUAGUUUAGUGUGAAACUUUAAAUUAUUAAGUCGUUCAAGAAAAAUUUUACAAUAAUAUAAUUGAAAUAAACAAUUUUGAUAUUU